GCAAGUUGACAAGGACUGUUCGUGAUCUGUGGUAUUUUAAAAUAAAUUGCUAGUGCUGAUUUAAAAAAAAAGCACACAUUUUCAUGAGUAUUGGCGAUAAUAUGGGAUUUUCGAAAUCGAAUUCUGAAAUUCUCUUGACGUUUUUGUAAUGAACUUGUGUGUAACAUUUAACCGGAACCGAGGUUGUUUCUCUGUCAGAGAAAGUGGGGCAAAGGGCAGCCUUGCAUUGUGACAGUACGGUGGUGCGGAGAUAUUUUCGGACGUUUGCUGUAUAAGUGGUCAUUAUAUUAGAUUCAUUACUCUUCUUCGGCUGCACAUUAGGAAAAACGCAAGUUGCAUUAAAGACUUAAGCAGACUUUUUUUUUUGUUCCUGCAGAGAGCAUUAAAAGAUGUUGCCGAAUACGGGAAAACUAGCAGGAUGCACUCUGUUUAUCACGGGUGCUAGCCGGGGUAUUGGAAAAGCAAUUGCCUUAAAAGCUGCCAAGGAUGGUGCCAAUGUAGUGAUCGCUGCCAAAACAGCCCAAGCCCAUCCAAAACUCCCUGGGACCAUUUAUACUGCUGCGGAAGAAAGAAUUGACAUUGUGGUAAACAAUGCUAGUGCUAUCAAUUUAACCGGAACUCUGGAGACACCCAUGAAAAAGGUUGACCUUAUGUUGGGUAUCAAUUUAAGGGGAACUUAUUUGACGUCAAAGCUCUGUGUCCCAUACCUUCAAAAGAGCAAAAAUCCCCACAUACUCAACCUGAGCCCACCUCUCAACCUCAACCCCGUUUGGUUCAAGAAUCACACAGCUUAUACCAUGGCAAAAUAUGGAAUGUCAAUGUGUGUCCUGGGAAUGGCUGAGGAAUUUCGUGGAGCCAUUGCUGUUAAUGCUCUUUGGCCAAAAACAGCUAUACACACUGCAGCCAUGGACAUGCUGGGCGGCUCUGGUGUGAGCAAGCAGUGCAGGAAACCAGAGAUCAUGGCAGACGCUGCUUACUGUAUUCUCACCAAGCCCAAGACCUACUCUGGAAACUUCACCAUUGACGAAGACAUACUCAAGCAAGAAGGGAUCAAAGAGUUCGAUGUUUAUGCCGUAGCUCCAGGGCACCCUCUGCUCCCUGAUUUCUUCUUGGAUGAUGACCCUGAAACACUGGCUAAAAAAAUGGAGGAUCAUGGUGCAUCUCCCAUAUUGAAAAGUGGGAAAUCCCAGGCAGAGGCAGCAGCAUUGGCUGGACCUAUAGCCAAUACUUUUGAUCUCAUAAAGGGAGUUCUGAACCCUGACGUUGUCCAGUCGACAAAGGGUGUUUACAGGUUUGACCUUUCUGGGGAACACGCAGGGAUCUGGUAUAUUGACCUGAAGAAUGGCGCUGGCAGUGCUGGCAGUGGAGAGCCUCCUGUAACGGCCGAUGUGGUGAUGAGUAUGGACAGCGCAGACUUCGUCAAAAUGUUCACAGGUAAACUAAAGCCAACCAUGGCAUUCAUGUCUGGAAAACUGAAGAUUAAAGGUGACAUGAGUCUGGCAAUUAAAAUGGAAAAGAUGAUGGGCAUGUUGAAGCCAAAACUGUAAAAUAAAAAGGGAAUCCCCAAAUCUGGAACAUUUUACACAUUUUUCUUACACAAAUGAAAAAGAUUUAUGUGAUAAACUGUUUGCCUUUUAUAACAAUAAAAAGGGUUCCAUUUUACUCUUACUUU